CCAUUGUCCAUGGGUAUUCCCGUAAAGAUCCAGUCUUCAGUUAGCUAGCCGGUUUGAUAAACGAAGACAGGAGACUGGUUGAGCACACCGCAUUGCAGUCGGACUCGGACCCAAUCACCAUUGUUGGAGCUUCAUAGCUUGAUCGCUAGUUCCGGCCUGCAAACCGCCAUAGCUGCAGCGAUGGUUCUUACCAACUUCAAUGGAGCUGGCGUUGGAUUCGGAUUUGGUGUUGGCUGCGGUUUUGGCGUUGGAUGGGGUUUCGGAGGCACACCUUUGAACUUCUUGGGCCUUGGUGUAGGCGGAGGCUGUGGGGUUGGACUAGGUCUCGGAUGGGGCUUCGGCACUGCCUUUGGUAGCCAGUAUCAUUCAUCUGGGGUCACAUACCAGGGCAUAGACUUCGGCAAGAAGGAUCAAGAUGGUGCUUCACAGAAAAGCAACCAGGACAUUCGUGCCUCGCGAUAGCUUCUCGUUACAGCAUUUCCUCAUCAUUGCUGUGAACCGAAUCCAUAACCGCAGACCCAGCUUAUGUCGCUAUGCAAGUCAACUUAGGUGCCAAUGCAGAGAAAAUGGGAGAUCUUUUUAUGCAUGCAGUACUUCAAUUGAGUUUGUAGAAUAUUGAGGAUGGAAACGAAAAUUUAUUUCAUAUCGUAAGAAAACUAAAUUUUAUA